AUGGGCGGAACCACCGUCGAGAAGAAAUACGACGCGGACAUCCCAAAUAUCCCCGCGUGGCUGCGGAGUCAAAGACUACACAAGUACACGGACAAGCUGAAGGAUCUGAAGUGGAUCGAUUUGGAUCGAUUUGAUGCGCCGCUGGUCAGCGGCAGCCCAAAUGCCGGACCUUCGCACGUGGACGCCGAGAUGGAGGAGGUGAGGGAGAAGGUGAAGAAGUUAUGGCGAGAGUGGAGGAAGGAGGUGAAGGAGUUAUGGCGACCCUCGCGGGUGCUCCGUCUCCUCAAAGAAUUAGAGCAGUGA